CUGAAUAAAAACACAAAUUGAGGUUAGGAAAUCCAAAGAACACCACGUGUUAUUUGUAAUGUGAUUGUUGUCGUUCCGUUAAAUAAAAUAAAUAAUAAAAAUAAUCAGUUUUUGUCUAUAAAAGUAAAUUUAAAAAAAAUGCCGCGAAAGAAAAUUGAUAAUCGUAUUCGUACUCUCAUUGAAAAUGGAGUGGAAACUGGUCAUCGAACAAUGUUCCUCGUUGUCGGGGAAAAAGCAAAAGAUCAAGUUGUUUAUCUUCAUCACAUGUUAUCAAAAACAGUUGUAAAAGCACGACCAACAUUAUUAUGGUGUUAUAAAAAAGAACUUGGUUUUACAUCACAUCGUAAGAAAAAAAUGAAAUCACUACAGAAAAAAGUUAAAUCAGGAAAGCUUGAUGUUAAUGAGGAUGAUCCUUUUGAAUUGUUUAUAGUAUCAACUAAAAUACGCUAUUGUUAUUAUAAGGAGACACAUAAAAUAUUGGGAAAUACCUUUGGUAUGUGUGUUCUUCAAGAUUUUGAAGCAUUAACACCAAAUUUAUUGGCAAGAACAAUGGAAACUGUUGAAGGUGGUGGUAUAAUUACAAUUCUUCUACAGAGUAUUAAUUCACUAAAACAAUUAUAUGAAAUGAAUAUGGAUGUUCAUAAACGAUUUCGCACUGAGGCUCAUCAGGAAAUUGCCUGUCGAUUUAAUGAAAGAUUUCUCCUUUCUCUAGCUUCAUGUGCUCGUUGUUUAGUUAUUGAUGAUCAAUUUCACGUGCUUCCAAUAUCAAUGCAUAAUCUUAAAAUUCAACCGGCUGUGAAAAUGUCAUUGAGUGAUAAUACAUCCGAAUUACAGACUUUAAAAGAAAAUCUCCGCGAUACACAACCAGUUUCAACAUUAUUGGAAUGUUGCAAAACAUUGGAUCAAGGAAAGGCGUUACUUAAAUUCAUUGAAGCAAUAUCAGAAAAAACAUUACGAUCAACAGUUUCGUUAACGGCGGCAAGAGGUCGUGGAAAAUCGGCAACAAUGGGUCUUGCAAUUGCUGGUGCAAUUGCAUUUGGCUAUUCAAAUAUCUACGUUUCGAGUCCAAGUCCUGAAAAUUUGAAUACACUUUUUGAUUUUGUCUUUAAAGGUCUCGAAGCAUUGGAAUAUAAAGAACAUUUGGAUUAUACUCUCAUGCAAUCAACAAAUCCAGAAUUUAAUAAAGCAACAAUCCGAGUAAAUGUCUUUCGCAAUCAUAGACAAACAAUACAAUUUAUUCAUCCAUCAGAUGCUCAUAAACUUCAACAAGCUGAAUUAUUAGUUAUCGAUGAAGCAGCAGCAAUUCCUUUACCAUUGGUGAAAGCAAUGUUUGGACCAUAUUUAAUUUUUCUCGCAUCAACAAUCAAUGGCUAUGAGGGUACAGGAAGAUCAUUGUCCUUGAAAUUACUUCAACAAUUGAGAAUUCAACAAUCAAAAGAUUCUAAUUCACAAGAAAAGAGUAAAGCAGACAAAGUAAUUAGUGAACGUACUUUAGAGGAAUUGACACUAGAUGAAUCAAUUCGUUAUAAACCUGGUGAUGAUGUUGAAGCAUGGCUCUCAAAAUUACUUUGUCUUGAUGCUGGAAAUUUUUUACCACCAUUAUUAGGAUGUCCACCACCAGACAAUUGUCAAUUACUUUACAUUAAUCGCGAUACAUUAUUUUCAUUUCAUCGAGCAUCAGAAAAAUUUCUACAAAAAUUAGUCUCUCUUUAUGUUGCAUCACAUUAUAAAAAUACACCAAAUGAUUUACAAAUGAUGUCCGAUGCACCAGCACAUCAUUUAUUUUGUCUAGUUGGACCAUUGAUGGAAAAUAAAUUACCAGAAGUUUUAGUAUUCAUACAAGUUUGUAUGGAGGGAAAAUUGAGUAAAAAUUCAAUUGAAAUUAAAAUGGGACGUGGUCAAAAGGCAGCUGGUGAUUUAAUACCAUGGACAAUAUCACAACAAUUUAAUGAUCAAAAUUUUCCCAGUUUAAGCGGAGUGAGAAUUGUAAGAAUUGCCACACAUCCUGAAUAUCAAGGAAUGGGAUAUGGAGCCAAGGCUUUGGAACUUUUAAAGGAAUAUUAUUCACAAAAAAAUGAAGAUAUUGAUAUGGAGGAUUCAGAUGACGAGAAAACACCAACGAAAUCGGAAACGACAAAAAGAAAAAGAGAAGAUGAAAAUGAAUCGAAUUUGCUAACGGAAAUUAUUGAACCUCGAGCAUCACUUCCGCCUCUUUUUAUGAAAUUAUCCGAACGACCUGCUGAACAUUUAGACUAUAUUGGCGUUUCAUUUGGUGUAACCGAGCAACUAUUGAAAUUUUGGAAAAAAGCAAAAUUUGUCCCUGUUUAUUUGAGACAAACGGCUAAUGAUAUAACUGGUGAAAACACUUGUAUUAUGAUUCACAGAUUAAAUUGCGAGAAUAAUCAACAAGACGAAAGUUGGCUACAAUCAUAUUGGAUGAAAUUUCGACAACGUUUUACAAAUCUUUUGGCAAGUUCUUUUCGUAAUUAUAAAGCAUCAUUUGCAUUGAGUCUUUUGGAAAAUUCUACCAUUGAAAUACCAGCAAAAACAUUGACUAAAGACGCAUUAGAGAUCUAUUUGGAUUUACAUGAUUUAGAACAAUUGGACAUUUACAGUAAUAAUAUGAGUGAUUAUCAUUUAAUAAGAGAUCAAAUUCCUUCAUUGGCAAAAAUGUAUUUUUUACGACAACUUGGAAAUAUUAAUUUAACACCAGGACAAAGAAAUAAUAGUUUACAUAUUUCUGCCGUACAAGCAGCUAUUCUACUUGGACUUGGACUACAACAUAAAAGUAUCGAGGAAUUGGAGAAGGAAUUAGAUUUACAAAGUUCGCAACUUCUUGGAUUAUUUAAUAAAAUCAUUAAGAAAUUUACUUCUUAUUUGAAUUCAAUUACUGAAGAAUUUGUUAGAAAUUCUAUGGAUUAAAUUGAGUUUCAAUUCUCUUUUGAAAAUUUAUCAAAUUAUGUUUAAUUCGUUUUUUCUUCUAUUACUAUUUUGACUGUAAAUAUUUUUCACCAAAAAAUUUACAAUAAAAUGUAUUUUUAUGGUA